UCGUACGUCCAAAGGGCAUCCCUGGUCCAGUGCUGUCCACACAACGCCAUAUGGUAACAGCUGAAAAGAGUCAAAACUUAGGCUACUGUCAUGGAGGAAAAAACGGUUGCAGAAACACACGAGAGGAGAGGGAGAUUAACCAUGGUCCUUGCCCUGGCAACCCUCAUAUCUGCAUUUGGCUCAUCUUUCCAGUAUGGAUACAAUGUGGCUGUGGUUAACUCUCCUGCUCUGUACAUGAAAGAGUUUUACAAUGCCACAUACUUGGGGCGCUACAACAAGCCAAUGGAGGAGAACUUCCUCACUCUGCUGUGGUCCCUCUCUGUCUCCAUGUAUCCAAUGGGGGGAUUUUUUGGGUCACUGAUGGUGGCUCCACUGGUCAACAAACUAGGAAGGAAGGGUACUCUCCUCUUCAAUAACAUCUUCUCCAUUGUCCCUGCUGUCAUGAUGGGAGUCAGUGAGAUCUCAAAAUCCUAUGAGAUUAUAAUUGUAGCCAGAUUUAUAGUGGGCAUCUGUGCAGGGUUGUCAUCUAAUGUGGUGCCUAUGUACCUGGGUGAGAUCUCUCCCAAAAACCUGAGAGGAGCUAUUGGCAUUGUACCACAACUCUUCAUCACCAUCGGCAUCCUCAGUGCACAGGUCCUGGGGAUAAAAAACAUACUGGGAAACAGCACAGGCUGGACUCUGAUGUUGGGCCUCACUGCCAUCCCUGCCGUGAUCGAGCUCCUGCUGCUGCCAUUUUUCCCUGAGAGCCCAAGGUACAUGCUCAUAACGAGAGGGGACGAGAAGACCGCAAGAAAAGGACUGCAGCGUCUGAGGGGCUGGGAGGACGUGGAUGAAGAGUUGUCAGAGAUGCGGGUGGAGGACCAGUCGGAGCGAGCAGAGGGUCAUCUGUCCGUGCUCGCGCUGUUGUCGAAACGCUCUCUCCGCUGGCAGCUCAUCUCCAUUGUUGUCAUGAACAUGGGCCAGCAACUGUCCGGGGUCAACGCGAUUUACUAUUACGCAGACAGUAUUUAUGCCACCGCUGGGGUCAAGCCCAAUGAUAUCCAGUAUGUGACCGUGGGAACUGGUGCAGUCAAUGUCUUCAUGACCAUAGCUGCAGUUUUCAUUGUAGAAGCCACUGGACGCCGUCUCUUGCUGCUCAGUGGCUUUGGGAUCUGCUGUGGUGCCUGUGUGUUACUGACUGUGGCUCUCAACUUGCAGGACUCUGUGACGUGGAUGCCCUAUAUCAGUAUCUCCUGUGUCAUCAUCUACGUCAUUGGCCACGCCAUUGGCCCCAGUCCCAUCCCGUAUGUAGUCACCACUGAGAUGUUCAGGCAGUCUGCACGGCCCGCUGCCUUCAUGGUGGCAGGGUCUGUGCAUUGGCUCUCCAACUUCAUUGUGGGACUGGUCUUCCCUUUUCUGGAGAGAGGCCUGGGCGCCUUCAGCUUCAUCAUCUUCUCCUGCAUCUGUUUGGUUACACUGAUCUACAUCUGGGUGGUGGUUCCUGAGACCAAAAACCAGACAUUUUUGGAGAUCUCUCAGGUGUUUGCAAAGAGGAACAGAGUGGAGAUCAAACUAGGCGAGAAGGAGCUGCCUCUAACCAAAGCUGAAGGCCUGGGGAGAGAAAAGGAGAAGGUCACAACCUUCUGAGAGAAACUGGAGCACUGAACAAGAAACAGGAAGUACUAACUAAUUGUUAUGUUUCAGACUGUCACAGUUAUGGCCCUUUACCGCUUUUUAAUUUAUUCUCUAAGAAUUGUACUCUCCAGUGGCUCUAGCCAUGCUCUGCACUAUUUUGGUCUGGAUUUGCAAUGUGUUGAUGUAAAAUGUAUUUAUUUUAUUAUGUAAAUAUCUAUUUGAUUUUGAACAAUUUAAUUCCUCUUUUCAUAUUAAAGGUGCUAAUGUAUUGUUCCAAUCAACUUUUAAUCAACUAAAGCUAAAGCUUUUUUCACCUAGGUGGCAUGCAUCCUACAAAAUCUCAGAAAUUGUAUAUGCAAUUAAUUAUAACAUUUUAUGAGAACCCUAGUCUAAGUAUGGUCUGUUUAUUCUCACGCAAAACAGUUUUAUAAUGUCUAAAAAUAUAUCAAAAAAAAUCAGAAAAUGGAAAAGGAAUAGAUAAUUGGUUUUGGCAGUUCCACCAGGAAAAAAGGCACACAUUCCAUUUCAGCUGAAGUUGAGAAUAUUUUAAAGAUGCACUGUGUAACUUUUCUGGUAAAAAAUGCCUGGGACGUUCUACAGUAUGGUAUUAAAUUUAUCCGUCUUGUACAGUAUUGUGAUGGACCUCAAUGGCGGUGAGCUCCUUCAAAUGUAUUGUUUUGUUCCAGUACUUAUUUGUGUAAUUACAACAGAUUGUAAUAAAAGCAUUAAAUGAG